CGGGUAUGAAAGGCGAGUUCCCUGUGCAUGGGAGCCGGAGGAGUUGUUGUAAAGUUUGGUUGUCAGGUGCUGUGACAAGCAGAGAGUCAGGCACAAGGGGACUGACAGGCUGGAGGAGGAGGGGAUUUGCUGGUAUUUUGAGAGCUGUCACAUGCAGCUUCCACCAUUGCCUUUUUUGGCCUGCACUGUUAGGUGUAUUGAUAUGGUAGCUGUGCCAGGGCCUCUUGACUCCAGUCCCACUCCUUCACAGGCCCAACAUUCUCACUCCAACACUUUUUUGGGGGGGAUUCUGCACUUCUAAAUUAAGGAAACAGCAUAAACUUAAAUCGUCUCAGAAGGACAAGGUGCGUCAGUUUAUGGCAUUUACCCAAGCUGGGGAAAGAACUUCAAUAUAUUGUUUAACACAGAAUGACUGGAAAUUAGAACUGGCAACAGACAACUACUUCCAGAACUCAUCAUUGUACUGCAAAGAAUCAAUGAAAAGUACAGUAGACAAAAAGAAAUUAGAACACUUAUAUAACCGAUACAAAGAUCCCCAAGAUGAAAAUAAAAUAGGUAUAGAUGGAAUUCAGUUGUUUUGUGAUGAUUUGCAUCUGGAUCCAGCAAGUACCAGCGUACUAGUAAUUGCUUGGAAGUUUAGAGCGGCCACACAAUGUGAAUUUAGUAAAAAGGAGUUUAUUGAUGGAAUGACAGAGCUUGGGUCUGACAGCACGGAUAAAUUAAGGGCUCAGCUACCUCGACUAGAACAAGAUCUCAAAGACACCCUCAAAUUCAAAGACUUCUAUCAGUUUACAUUUAAUUUUGCAAAGAAUCCUGGGCAAAAGGGACUAGAAUUGGAUAUGGCAGUUGCUUAUUGGAAUCUAGUGUUAUCUGGAAGAUUCAAAUUUUUAGAUCUUUGGAAUACAUUUUUGUUGGAACACCAUAAAAGGUCUAUUCCAAAAGAUACAUGGAACCUUCUCUUGGAUUUCGGCAAUAUGAUCGCAGAUGAUAUGUCUAACUAUGAUGAAGAAGGAGCAUGGCCUGUUCUUAUAGAUGAUUUUGUAGAGUAUGCAAGACCAUUAGUCACAGGAGGAAAACGUAAACCUCUUUAGCUAAAGACUGCUAAGAAGGACUAAUGAUGCUUCGCCAUUUCAUUGAAAAAUGAAGACUUUUUUUUGGUUAAUGGCUGAGACCGAGAAGACCUUGUGGCAGACAAUUCUGGACCUCGAGAAAAUCCUUGUCAGAAUUCUGCCUGAACCAUAUUGGUGGGCUGUUCUUGGACAGGAAUUUGCCCUAGUGAGGGCACUGGUAGUUUGUGGGAUGCUGGCUUCAUAUCUUAUAUUGGUUGUAUCAUAUAGGAUGUAGAGAAUGCAUGAUUUUAUACUUUGGAGCAAUUCAAAUUGAGGCCAUUUUAUUAAAAAAAGAAAAUAUUUAAUGAGCAUGCCAUUCCGUUUAUGAGCCAGAGGUAAACACCAGCAAUUACUUAUCCGCUGUAUUAUAUUGUAACUAUAUAAAAUGCAGUAUUUGUGGUAUAAAUUCUAUCUGAUGAGAACUUGUAUGGCAUGUUGUAUUUUUUAUCACUAACCCUUUGAUACAAUAAUGAAAAUAAUAUAGGAAAGGCCCUUACAAAGCAAAACCAGAACAGAAUUUGGCAUUAUGAAGCUCUGGUUCAAAACCAAGUCCACUGUAUGUGAUCUUCAGUAUGCCCUCUUGUGUACCUAGGCCUUGGGUACAAAAAUGCAGUUGUAAGCUCUUCGGGGCAGGGAUUCAUUCUGACUAUGUCAAUGUAAAAUAAACAUAAAUUAUAGUGUUAACUAGCUUUAAUGUAUAACUCAUGCCUUUGUUUUUUUUUUAUUUAAAUUGAUAUAUAAUUAAAUAAUAUUUAAACUGUA